AAACUCGAAAACAGAAAAAAAUUACCAACAGAAACAUACACAGAAUACACAGCAGAUAUAAUAAAACUUUGUCACAUUCUUGAGCCUCAAAUGUCAGAGAAAAGAAUAGUAGGAUAUGUUUUGAGAGGCUUAGACGUAGGAGCAUUGCAACAUGUUGCUUUCAUGGACAAUGCAUCAGUUGAAGAUUUAGAGAAAAAUCUCGCCAAAUAUGAAAGAUCUCGCUUCCUUCUAGACAAAAAGUUAGGAAUGCAUAAUGCUUCAAUCCUGUCAGAUGACGAAGAAGACGAUUGCCAGUUCAAGCAGAAAGGCCUCUGCUUGAUUCCGAGGAAAAAGAUGUCGAACUCCGCCACCCAAGCCACUUGUCUCCACCUUCUAACAUCAGAAGCAGACGUAUCGGAGCUACGAGAAGUCUGCAAAUUGAUUGUAAAGCAACUGACAAUCAAACCCUAA